CGGAGCCUGAGGUGUCAUGGCUGCCCCCAGCUGCUGCCCAUGAGCUGCUGCUGGGGAAAUACUGGCAAGGCAGCUGCAGGCCCCGAUCCCGGAAGAAACUUCGCUCCCCUUUGACUCCCCCCAUUCUUAUGCUGGGAUGAAUAAAGCACCUGAGGCCCACUCAAGCUGUACUCGGAGGUCUGGCUGGAAGCAGGACAAAAGCUUGCAUAAACACUUCCCUAGUAGUGCCUCUUAGAAACUGGGCUCCAGGGGACUCUUUGAGGCGUGUCUGAUGGAGGCUGAGCCUCACCUUGAUGCUCAGGUUGUGCUGAAACUGGGACAACCAGCCGAGAGUGACGUGGAAACCGGAGGAGUUUCUGGACUUGCUGCGAAGGUGCCGAGGCUAAAUGGGGGUCAAGAAGAGGAAGAGGCUGCUGGGGAGACAGUUCCUGGACCGGAAGUUUCAGGAGAAGAGCUGAGGUUAGGGGAGGCCACGCAGCUUUUCGAGGAAGAGCCGGAAGAAGGAAAGAAGAAGGAAGCAGAUGGCGGAGGGGAAAUGUCAACAGAAGGAGGAGAAUAUUACUUCCCUACGUAUGACUUCUUGCAGCCUCCCAAGCUUUUGACGGGCUCUUGGGCAGAGUACAGUCACGUUCCGGAGAACUUCCUGAAGGGCUGCAAAUGGGCUCCCGACGGGACCUGCCUGGUCACCAAUAGCGCUGACAACACCCUGCGAAUUUACAACCUUCCUGCGGAGCUGUACGCCGAGGAAUGGGGCGCUGUGGCUGAAAUGAGCCCCGUGCUGCGCAUGGCGGAAGGAGACACCGUCUACGACUACUGCUGGUUCCCGUUGAUGAAUUCUUCCGACCCGCAGACUUGUUUCAUUGCCAGCAGCAGCCGCGACAACCCCAUCCACAUAUGGGAUGCUUUCUGUGGAGACCUGCGGGCCACCUUUCGCCCCUACAAUCACCUGGAUGAGCUGACCGCCGCUCAUUCGCUGUGCUUCACUCCAGACGGCUCCCAGCUUUUCUGUGGCUUUGACAAGACCGUGAGAGUGUUCGAGACGUCGCGCCCCGGCCGGAUGUGUGAAAAUAGGCCCACCUUUGUGAAGAAGCAAGGGCAGAGCGGCAUCAUUUCCUGCAUUGCCUUCAGCCCCGUGCAGCCGCUCUACGCCUGCACUUCCUACUCCAAGACGGUGGGCCUCUACUCCCGGGCCGAGGGCGACCUCCUGGCCUUGCUGCACGGGCACCAUGGGGGUGUCACCCAUGCCCUGUUCUCCCCGGACGGCUUUCGCCUCUUCACCGGCGGCCGCAAGGACACGGAGAUCCUCUGCUGGGACCUUCGACAGCCGGGUGAUGUGCUCUUCUCCAUGUGCCGGACAGUUGCCACCAACCAAAGACUCUAUUUCGACUUGGAUCCGAGUGGGAAUUAUUUGCUGAGCGGAAACACGGAGGGGCUCGUCACCGUCUGGGACACCACCCAGCCUCCCAGCAGUGACCCCUGCCCUGUCCUGCAGCCCAUCUUGCAGUUCCAGGCCCUGCAGGACUGUGUCAAUGGGAUCAGCCUCCACCCCAGCUUACCCUUGCUGGCCAGCGCCUCCGGCCAGCGCAAAUUUCCAGACCUGUGGGACAGCGGGGAUGAGGAGGCGGAAGGGGACGUCCCGUCCAGUCGCCGUCAGGCCCGGGGCGACAACUCCCUGCAGCUGUGGUGGUGCUCCGUGGCUGCUGGAGCGGAGCUGCCCAAGACGGUUUCGUGACCUGCCACCUCCCUCAACGGAGCCGUGAGGACGAACACUGCCUGGGCCCCCUGCCUGGGCCGUGAUGCCAAAAGCCGCUGACCAGGGGGCUGUGCUUACACUGCCAUGGAGUGUGUGUUGAGGUGCCUGUGAGAUAUGCUGGUAUUCCGGCAUGUUCCAGGCCUUUGCCUGUGUCAAUGGUGCCAGGCGUGUGUGUGUGUGUGUGUGUGUGUGUGUGUGUGUGUGUGUGUGUGUAUGUCCACUUGUGUGUUCGUGGGAAGAUCGUACCAAAGAGAGGGUGUGCAUUUGUGCGAAGCUACAACUGAAACAUGGCUGGUACUCCUUGCUGCUUCUUGUUUGUCCAGGAACGAUGGAGCUUUGUACCCCAAAUUUCCUAGUCCUUGGCUACUAGCUUGACAGCCAGGUAUUACACGCCCUGGCUGGAAAAAAAAGUAGAAGCAAAUUGUGUGUAUGUGGGGUGUUGAUCUGAAUAUUGUGUCCUGGAACUGUGCGUGUGUGUCCUUUUCUUGAACUAAGUGAAGACCAUUGGUUCUUUCAGGGUUUUUUAAAAAAAAUGCUUUCUCUUCUCUGCGAUGUAAAUAGUUUAUUUUUAUUUUUCUACUCACCUGCCUGGCAGGUGGGCUGUGGUGCUGGCUGGCCUGAGGGAAGGCAAAGGCUUCUGCCGUGGAAUUUCUGAACCUUCAUCUUCAGUAUCUAUUUCUAGACUUUAAAAAAAAUACAUUCACUCAUCUUGUACUAGAUGUUUAAUAAAAGAUUAUUACGUUA